CUUCCCUUCUUUUUUUGUUUUUCAUUUUCUCUCUCUCUCUCUCUCUCUCUCUCUCUCUUGGAUCCGCCGUCACGGCAAUGGCCACUCCCAACGGCUCCGACGACGUAAACCACCGCGCAACCACUCCUUCGGAAUCGGCAUUGAUCUUUCUAGGGACAGGUUGUUCCAGCAUGGUUCCCAACGUAAUGUGUCUGAUCCAGCCCGCGGAUCCUCCUUGUCCCGUCUGUGUUCAGUCAUUGUCUCUCCCACCCGAGCAGAACCCUAAUUACAGGUGUAAUACUUCACUUCUAAUUGAUUAUUGUGAAAGCAACGGUAAUCACAACUAUAUAUUGAUUGAUGUCGGGAAGACAUUCAGGGAGGCAGUACUUAGAUGGUUUUUUUCCCAUAAGAUUCCAAGAAUAGAUUCUAUUAUUUUAACUCAUGAACAUGCGGAUGCAGUCCUUGGAUUGGAUGAUAUACGUGCUGUGCAGCCUUUUAGUCCAACAAAUGAUAUUGAUCCCACCCUCAUAUACCUGAGUCAGCAUUCAAUGGAUAGCAUAGCAGAGAAGUUCCCUUAUUUGGUUCAGAAAAAACGCAAGGAAGGGCAAGAAAUACGAAGGGUAGCUCAGAUUGCCUGGAACAUUAUUGCCGAUGACUGCAAUCGACCAUUUUUUGCAUCAGGAUUAAAAUUCAUUCCUUUACCAGUUAUGCAUGGAGAGGAUUAUAUCUGUUUGGGCUUUCUUUUUGGUGAGAAAAGUAGGGUGGCUUAUAUAUCUGAUGUUUCACGGAUUCCUGCAAGUACAGAAUAUGUCAUUUCGAAAAGUGGAGCUGGACAGUUGGAUCUUCUUAUAUUGGAUUCAUUGUAUAGGACUGGAACACAUAAUGUUCACCUUUGUUUUCCACAGACUCUUGAAACUGUGAAGAGGUUGUGUCCAAAGCAAACCCUACUGAUUGGAAUGACUCACGAGUUUGAUCACCAAAAGGACAAUGAGUUUUUGACAGAGUGGUCCAGAAGGGAAGGAAUUCCGGUGCAGCUUGCUCGUGAUGGUUUGAGAGUCCCCAUAAACUUAUAGUAAAGAAAGGGUAAAGCAUGUGACAAUAUAUACCGCAUACUGUUGGUCUUAAUUAGAUUGGAGAACGCCUUUGUAUUUUUUAAAGAACAUCCUCAGUUUCUACCAGAGUCCAAGGAACUAACAUUUUGGUACAGGUGGCAUUUCUGGAUAUAACAAGGAUAACUUAUUAUGAUGGAAAUCUCGAUUUUUCUAACGAAACUCCUGAAAGCUGUAUUAGACAAUUUGACAAUGGACUCCUUG